ACACAUACCCACACUAAGAAGACAGUCCGCAUUUGCUGCCACAUUCACACAGACACCGAAACCUGCAACUUUUAUUUUAUCGACAACAUCUACAACACUGGAAACGAAAGAUUAAAAAAAGAGAAAGAAGAAACUAAAGAAAAUGGAAUAUGGCAAUAAUACUUAACUAGGAGACAGUUAUUUAUAAUGUUCUAAGAAAGUAUUCUAAAUUAGAAGAAGCUUCUUUCUCGUGGGAUUCUUCUUUCUUGGGAACUGGGACAGCUGGUCUCGGAAAGGAGAGCAGGCUGAAUUCAGACCAAGAUGCUACAGUGGGGAAGAUCUGUAAUUUAAACAGUUAAAUAAGUUAACAGAUGGAAGAAGCACCUCGUGCGUUCACACACAGCCUCCAGCCUACUGUAACAUCCAGAGGCUCUCCUGUGGACCGAGAGUCCACUUACUGACCGCAGUUAGCCCAGAAGAUGACCGAGAUGGACUACAAAUACACUUUACUCAACGUGGAUUCAGAGGACUGCCAGAAGAGGCCUGCCUUGUUCCAUGUGGAUAACAACAACCAGAUGAAUUUGUUUGCAGUUCUAGAAGUCAAGAGGGACAUAAAUCGAAUAUGGGGUGGGCUGCCUAGUUUCAGGAAAGCAAAAGUGUACAGUAUUGGGUUGGGGCUGACUGUGAUGUCUCUGGUGAUGGUUUCAUACAUACUCACCGGAGACGAGAAGGGUUUCUUGAUUACACCUUCGCCGUACCAAUAUAGCACCUUAAAUAGCCCAGGCUUAUUGAACAGUCACAAGACUAACCUGUCUUUCCCUUUCAAUCUGUCAUCUGUAAGGGAUUGCACCAACAUGAAAUUAGUUAUAAAAACAAUAACAUCAAACAUAAAGUUUAGCACCAGGCAGCUGCCAGAUUUAAAGGACCUUAUAAAAUAUGAGCAACAUAUGUUUUCAAUCGUUCCAUCCACAUUCCUUCCAAAUAUUAAAAACCCAUGUUGGUACGAAGAAUACACAGGGAAUGUCACUGCUGAUCCUUAUGGGACCAACUUGUAUGCACUUUAUUCAAAGCGCUUUCGAACUGUGUUUGAUUACCUGAGAAAUGCUUUCCGGGAACACUUGUACCGUCAAGGAAACAAGUACUAUCGUUUUCGCUGUCUGCCCUACUUCUACAUUAUAGGGCAACCGAAAUGUGGAACCACAGACCUUUACGACCGGCUGAGAUUGCAUCCAGACGUUAGGUUUACCACUUUCAAAGAGCCGCAUUGGUGGACCAGGAAACGAUUUGGUAUAAUUCGCUUGAGUGAGGGGUUCCAUGCCAGGUACCCAGUGGAGGACUACCUGGAUCUGUUUGAUCUAGCAGCCUAUCAGAUUCAGGAUCACUUGCAGCUCAAUUCAUCCAGAAGCCAGCACAAACACAACAUCAUUAUUGGUGAGGCAAGCGCUUCUACAUUGUGGGAUAACAAUGCAUGGGUCUAUUUCUAUGAAAAUGCAACUGCCGAAGGGGAACCACCAUUUUUAAUCCAGGACUUUAUUCACGCUGUUCAGCCAAAUGCCAAGUUUAUAGUCAUGCUCAGGGACCCCGUGGAGAGGCUGUACUCGGAUUACCUUUACUUUGGGAUCGCCAACAAAUCGGCAGAUGAUUUCCACGAGAAAGUGUUCGAGUCCCUGCAGCUAUUUGAAAGCUGCAUCUUGGAGUACUCAAUGAAAUCCUGUGUGUACAACACCACCCUCAACAAUGCCAUGCCUGUGAGAUUGCAAGUUGGACUGUACAUUGUUUAUAUACUGGACUGGCUGACUGUAUUUGACAGAAACCAAAUGUUAGUGCUUCGUCUGGAAGAUCAUGCCACCAAUCGUAAAUACACUAUGCACAAAGUGUUUGACUUUCUCAGCUUAGGGCCUCUGACUGAGCAAAAGGAGGCAGAAAUUACAAAAAGCCCAGCAUCUAAUACCAGAAGACAAGCAGAUAAAAAUCUGGGGCCAAUGUUACCUGCAACGAGGGAGAUUCUCAAAGACUUCUACACUCCUUUCAAUGCCAAACUGGCUCAAGAGUUUAAGGAUGACUCUUUCCUCUGGGAGAAAAAAUCCAAGUUCAUGUAAAAACUGUUUGUACAGAAAGCAAAUGCUGAUCAUUUAAACAAAAAAUUCUAGUAUCAUUAGUUUUGCGAUUUUUAUUUGUUUUGUUUAUAACAUAACACCAACCCAAACUGCGCUACAGGGAAUCCUUUGACUACUAUUUCAGUUCUCCAAGUUGUACAAAAAUAAAGGCACAUUAUACUUAUGUGGGUUCAUUUUUUGAAUCUGCCGUAUACAUGAUUUUCAUUAAAGCCGGGAAAAAAACAUUUGUUAAAA